AUGGAUUCUCUGUCCGCUUCAUUUUCCAGGUUCUGCCGCCUCAUUGUUCCUGUGUUUCUAUGCAUUAUCAUGAUCCCGAGCAUUUUCUUGGCCUUAGAUAGUACACCUUGCUUGAUUCUUGAUACUUCUGGACUAAAAGAGAAUCACUUUAAGACGCACGGCGAGUAUCUGGCAAUUUACGACGAGUACAAAUUGGGACUGAGUUCGUACGAUGCGAUUGAUAAGCAAGCUGGAACGGCAAAGCAUUAUGGAUAUACUUUUAUGCCUGGAAUAAGCUUGCAAGACAACCUCAAGAAUCCUUCUUCAACUGUUACUUUUGAAGAUGUUAAAUUCCCCAGUGAAAUCAACCAGAGCUUUGACAACUUACAAAACCAUUUUGGUUUCUCGCGAGUCGCGCUAUGUGUAUGUAGUUUGCUUACUGGAUUUGCUUGCUUCGCGGGCAUCAUUUUGGCUCUGAUUUCAAAUUGGGAGGGAAUACAUAAGUACCUUGAUCUCUUUCAAAAGGGAGAAACGGUCGAGAGGCUUUGGGUUUUAUUGAGAGCUUGUACCAUUAUUAUAGCGUUGCUCUUAUUGAUCUCAGCCAUUCUUACCGAAGCCGCAUUAGUGACGGAGAUGUAUAUGAUCAAUGAAUAUGGACCGCCGCAUGGAAUUUCAGGACACCGAAAAUACACAUUUUCGAUUACCAUAUGGGCCAUAUCUGCUUUCGCCGCAGUAACGGCUGGUUUGGCAUGGCGGGCGGAAAAACAUCUGCCAGUCCACUGGAACGUUAAUCGAGCGAAUGCCAUUACCGGUGUACCGCCACCAGCAAAUCCACGCGUACCAGCGCAAAAUGCUGGAGCUGGGUUGCAGGUCAUACAAGAAGAACAGGAAGAAGAGGGUAUCGAAAUGGAAGAUAUGGCACCAGCGGGACAGGAAGAUGGGGAUGCUGAGUUACAAGAUGUGCCACCACGACUAGAAGAGGAUGGAGCUUUCGAAAUGGUGGACAUGGCGCCAGCAAGAAGGGAAGAUGGAGACGUCGGACUGCGACAUAUGCCACCAGUAGUACACGAAGAUGAGAAUCCCGAAGGUCAAGACCUCUCUAGCCAUCCUGCGCCAGUUGCUCGGGAUCCGUCCCCCGAGGUUGAGGGUGCAGCUGGAAACAGAAAUCUCCGGGCAAGGAUCAGGCGUGCUAGUACAAUCUUCACUCGUUCCAGCGGGGAGUCUGAUUUGGAAAAUGCUGUUUCGGCGAGGGAUGGUGUUUGA